GCGGCGGCGGCGGCGCGAGCCCACGGUCCUCCCUUCCCCCUCAUCGCCGGGAGCGAGGCCAUCACCGGGCCGGCGCCCCCGGCACAUGGUCGUCUGCUGUGGGUGGGAGGGGGAGACCCGAACGGCCGCUCCGUCGGAACAAAAGGCGCCGCCGCGGGCCCCGGAGACUCUUCCACGGCGCUGAGGGGAGCGACGAGGCCCGGCCUGGCGGCGGGCGGAAGGAGGGGCGGUGGGGGCAAGGCCUCAGAGGCCACUUCCGGCGCCGUCGUGGGCGGGCGGGGACCGGCUGGAACCGGCCGGGACCGGCUGGAACCGGUUUGGCCUCAGGCCCGGAAGCCCCGCCCCCUCCUCCUCAGCCCCGCGUCAGUCAGCGGGCCACGCCGCCGCCAUUGAAGCCGGGCUCCAUGGGGAGGACGUGGGCCGUCGCCCGGCUGACGGAAAAAGGAGCCCCGCCGACCCUCCUGAACCCCGUUGGGAAGCGGGACAUGGAGCAGGCCCCGCCGGCGUGAACCCCGCCUCGACUUCGUGGUCCGGGAACCUUGGCGAAUUUACCCGCCCAAUUCCCAGCGCCUCGACGGGGGAAGGACUUCGCCCAAAACGGCUGGGUCGGAAAUGGGCCGGACGAAACCCGUCGUCGUGCCCCUGAAAGGAGUUUAAUACCUAGAUGAUAGCGCGUUAAAUACCUGUCUAGUAACCCAUCACCGUUUGGACUCUUCGUUUUUAAAACUCGCCUUUCUUAAGAACCAAUAUUCCUUCUUUUAACCCACCCUUCGUGGGGGAGAGAACCCAUCGCGUAGAGCGGUUCAGAGGAACAGUCUACAUCUAGCAGUGUGCAGGUGAAGGGAGCGUAUUUAAACUUUGAUAGAAGACUUAAACCCCGGCGCAAUUAUGGCUUUUACUAAUUACAGCAGUCUGAACAGAGCCCAGCUGACCUUUGAAUAUCUGCACACAAAUUCAACCACUCAUGAGUUCUUGUUUGGUGCACUUGCUGAACUUGUUGAUAAUGCCAGAGAUGCCGAUGCCACCAGAAUAGAUAUUUAUGCAGAACAGCGAACGGAUCUGCGAGGAGGAUUUAUGCUGUGCUUUUUGGAUGAUGGUGCAGGAAUGGAUUCAAGUGAUGCUGCCAGUGUGAUACAGUUUGGAAAAUCGGCCAAGCGAGCACCUGAGUCAACUCAGAUCGGGCAGUACGGGAAUGGCUUGAAAUCGGGAUCUAUGAGGAUUGGGAAGGAUUUCAUUCUCUUUACGAAGAAAGAUAACACCAUGACCUGUCUCUUCUUGUCUCGUACGUUUCAUGAAGAGGAAGGUAUUGAUGAGGUGAUCGUCCCACUACCCACCUGGAAUGCUCGCAACCGGGAGCCCAUCACAGACAACAUGGAGAAGUUUGCCAUCGAAACUGAGCUCAUUUAUAAGUAUUCUCCCUUCAAAUCAGAGUUUGAAGUGAUGGAGCAAUUUAAGAAGAUCCCUGGAGAUAAAGGAACACUGGUUAUUGUCUUUAACCUCAAGCUGAUGGAUAAUGGGGAACCUGAGUUGGACAUCACCUCCGAUCCUCGGGACAUUCGCAUGGCAGAGACUUCCCCAGAGGGCACAAAACCAGAGCGGCGCUCAUUCCGGGCCUAUGCUGCUGUUCUUUACAUUGACCCUAGAAUGAGGAUCUUCAUUCAUGGCCACAAAGUGCAAACCAAGAGGCUUUCCUGCUGCUUGUACAAGCCCAGGAUGUACAAAUAUACCUCAAACCGCUUCAAAACCCGUGCAGAGCAAGAGGUGAAGAAAGCAGAGCAUGUGGCUCGGAUAGCGGAGGAAAAAGCUCGAGAGGCUGAGAGCAAAGCUCGAGCUCUGGAGCUGCGCCUAGGAGAUCUCACACGUGACUCCAGGGUGACUUUACGGCAAGCCCAGAACUCAGCCAUUACUCUACGCAGAGAAGCAGAUGUUAAGAAGCGAAUUAAGGAAGCCAAACAACGGGCCUUGAAGGAGCCCAAAGAAUUAAACUUCAUCUUUGGGGUGAAUAUUGAGCAACGGGAUUUGGAUGGCAUGUUUGUUUACAAUUGUAGUCGUCUGAUUAAAAUGUAUGAAAAGGUUGGCCCACAGCUGGAAGGAGGCAUGGCUUGUGGUGGAGUCGUAGGAGUGGUGGAUGUCCCCUACCUGGUCUUGGAGCCUACACACAAUAAGCAGGACUUUGCAGAUGCCAAGGAAUAUCGACACUUGCUGAAGGCAAUGGGAGAGCACCUGGCUCAGUACUGGAAGGAUGUUGCCAUUGCCCAGCGGGGAAUAAUCAAGUUUUGGGAUGAAUUUGGCUACCUCUCUGCAAACUGGAACCAGCCUCCAUCUAGUGAGUUGCGUUAUAAGCGCAGAAGGGCGAUGGAAAUUCCCACCACAAUUCAGUGUGACCUGUGCUUGAAGUGGCGGACCCUCCCCUUCCAGCUGAGUUCAGUGGAGAAGGACUAUCCAGACUCCUGGGUUUGCGCUAUGAACCCUGAUCCUGAACAGGACAAAUGUGAUGCUUCAGAACAAAAGCAGAAGGUCCCAUUAGGAACCUUGAAGAAAGACAUGAAGACACAAGAAGAGAAGGAGAAGCUGUUGACUGAGCGGAUCCGCCAACAACAGGAGAAACUGGAAGCACUGCAGAAGACCACACCCAUCCGAUCCGUAGCCGACGUGAAGAAAUUGCCUCUAGAAGUGAGCACUAAACCUACAGCGGAGGAGUCCCAGACUCUGCACCGACCCCAACGCCCACGAUCACCCCCCUUACCUGCUGUGAUUAAAAAUGCUCCUAGCAGACCACCCCCAGCACCCCCAGCUCCAAAACCAACUGGCCAGUCAAAGAAGGCUGUGAUCUGCCGGCCAGCGUUGAGCUCCCCCAAGCUGAGUGGUGGGGUGCCUCGGGAAGAAGCCAGCACUUCCAAGACACAUCAAUCGGCAGGACCUCCCAGAAAAUCAUCUAGUACGGUCACCAAAGCAGCCAAUAGAACAGCCUCUGUGGGGCAGUCAUCGCCCCCGCCCAUGGCGAAUUCUAAAAGCUCCCGCGAGGCUCCCAGCCCCAAAACCGUGAAGUCAUCUGGGCUAAAGAAGCCAGACCAUCCCAGUAAACCUACCCAUCAGACACCUGCCGCCCGAAAGAGAACCAUCAACUUGAUGGAGGAUGGGAAUGAAGAGGAAGUGGAGCAGAGGAAAGAGAAGCUGAAACGGGGCAAGUUUGUGGUCAAAGAAGAAAAGAAGGACUCGAGUGAGGUAGUAGUGGAGCUCACAGAUAGUCCUGGAGAAGAGGAACUGGCAGACCAAAAAAGAGCCCAGAAAGAUAAGGGGCUGCACGUGGAGGUGCGAGUAAACAAAGAGUGGUACACUGGCCGUGUGACUGCAGUGGAUGUGGGCAAGCAUGCUGUGCGGUGGAAGGUGAAAUUUGAUUACGUGCCCACAGACACUACGCCAAGAGACCGUUGGGUGGAUAAAGGCAGCGAGGAUGUGAGAUUGAUGAAGCCCCCGUCCCCAGAAUAUCAGAGUCCAGACACACACCAGGAAGAGGAAGAGGUGGUGACAGCAGAACCCUCAACCUCAGACUGUGUUCCCAUCGAGCCAGACACCACAGCACCCAACAGCAGCCACGAGACUGUUGACCUGCUCGUCCAGGUGCUUCGGAAUUGUUUGCGGUAUUUCCUGCCUCCAAAUUUUCCAGUGUCCAAGAAGGAGCUGAGUUCAAUGGGUUCAGAAGAGCUGAUGGCCUUUCCUCUGAAGGAGUAUUUCAGGCAGUACGAAGUGGGUCUUCAGAACUUGUGCAAUUCCUACCAGACACGUGCUGACGCUCGGGCCAAAGUCUCUGAGGAAAACCUCCGCCUCUCAGAGAAAAAGCUCAAGGAAACAGAGGAGAAACUACAGAAACUGCGGACUAAUAUUGUGGCCCUGUUGCAGAAAGUUCAGGAGGACAUAGACAUCAAUACAGACGAUGAACUGGAUGCAUAUAUAGAAGACCUGAUCACCAAGGGAGACUGAAACGUUCCACCCCGAAGUGAUUAAAGUGGAAAGGCAUUACACCCUGAGUCCCCCAGCUCCGCCCUCAGCGGCCAAAUGGCCCGGCCCCACAGGAGGACGGAUAUUGGGCUGUGUAUUAUGUUGGUGUGUUGGUGUACAACUUGGUCUCGUGGUUUUACAUGCAAAGACACUUGUGCUAUUGGAAGAAGCGUUUUUAAAAUUGUAGUUCUUCGAACCUCUUCUUCCCUUUCUUUAUAAAUAUUUAUUUUUUAAAAGAAACAAGACACUGUGCCUGCUGUUAGGGGGAGGUUGACUUCUGUGGGGGAAGCGGGAGGUACAGGUAGAUAGUGUAUGGGUAUGUUGGAGCGUCAGACCUCAACUUAUUUUCCUAAUUCAUGCUUCCUCUUGAUGGAAACAAAUUCAGUGCCCUCUUGCUAUCACCACCUAAAGCCAGUGUGGAUGAGGCCAGAUGGGAAGGGAAGGGGAAAUGGCAAGAGGAGGUGAUCUGAUGCACCAGGAGCCCUCUUCAGCCAUGACCUCUCUUUAGCUAAAGGAAAGAAGGGGGCUAAGAUAGGACAGCUGCUGGCAUAUAGGGGAAAGUGGAUUGGGGGGUCUAAUCUGUAAUUGUUCGACCCAAAGGGCUGAGGCUAGGAAACUCUCAGGUGGGGCAUAAGAACGCCACCGGCAUCCUUGGCUUACACAGGGAUGAGAAGGAGCAGAGGGCAGGAGUUGAACAGCAGGGUCGCCGUAUCGCCUUACUCCUCCCUUGGCUGAUUGCCACGUCUUCCUUGGCAGCAACUCACCUUGACCAGCGAAAAAUAAAAGGAGCCUCUUGUUUUAAACUCUG